AACACUAUUUGUCACUUGCCGUUGCCCGUAAUUACGUCAUCAGCAAGCGUCCAAUAGUUCCUUGAAGCAAGAAGUCCAAUGUGGCGGUGGACUGACUGGCAGCUUGACCUUCGUUGCGUAUUAACCCUCUACACCACAGAGGAGAGAUGUCUGUGAAGCAAGCGUCUGUCCACGCAAAAUGGGUCAUCGGUAGAGUAAUUGGCACAAAGAUGGCAAAAACGGCCAAGGUCCGUGUCACGAGGCUUGUUUUGGACCCCUAUCUUCUUAAGUAUUAUAACAAAAGGAAGACAUACUUCGCACAUGAUGCAUUACAGCAGUGUACCGUGGGUGACAUCGUGCUUUUGAAAGCUUUACCCGAAAAGAGGUCAAAGCACGUAAAGCAUGAACUUUCAGAAAUUGUGUACAAAGUUGGCAACGUCGUUGAUCCGUUAACGGGAAAGAAAGUAGCAGGCCGCAGGUUCCUGGAACCCUUGACAGAAUCUGCAGAAUCGACGGAGGAGUCACUGACAGAGAAGCUAAAAGAACUGAAUAUUACUGCCUCUUCAACUAGUGCAAGCUCUUAAUUUUGUCAGAUUUUGUUAUUGUUAUAUCCUUAUUUACUGUAUGAGAUGUUCUGUGUUGUAUGCCUUAUUAAAUCAAGUUCAAGUUCAA